AGCGUAGCCAAACUCUUAGCCUUGACUACACGUUCAAGCCUUGCUAAAUCACCGCUCUCCACGGAAACAAAACAAUAUAGAUUUUGGCUUGACGGUGUGCAACAAGCAUAGACCCUCUCUCCACACGACAACGCGCUUUCCCGUGGAAUGAGCGUUCCAUGCAGCAUCCUAGGUAUGAAUGACGUGGGCUGGCAGGAGACAAGAGGUGGGAUGCUGCAUGCAAAUGGUGCUCCUGAGACCGGGGGUGUCAGAGUUCAUGGCGGAGGGCCCAUGGCCACGGUUGGGGGAGGUGGACAGGGCCCUGGGGGGCCACAUCUACAGGGUAUGGACAGAGGUGCUAACCCUACCCCAGGUACCCCACAGCCUCCACUAAGUGGGCGAUCUCAAGAUGAUGCCACGGUUGGAUACUUCUUUCAGCGGCAGCCUGGGGAGCAGCUUGGAGGUUGUGCACCCAGCAAGCAUCGCUGGCCCACUGGUGAUGGCAAUCAUGUUGAUCAGGUCCGUGCUGUGGAUGAAAUGAACUAUGACUUUCAGGCUCUGGCUCUGGAGUCCAGGGGAAUGGGAGAGCUUCUGCCAGCAAAAAAACUCUGGGAUUCUGAUGAACUGGCCAAGGAUGGAAGGAAAGGGAUGCUUCUUGGAGAGGAGUGGAGAGAUAAUGCAUGGGGAUCAUCUCAUCACUCAGUUUCCCAGCCGAUCAUGGUGCAGAGGCGACCUGGCCAGAGCUUCCACGGGAAUGGCGACGCCAACUCCGUGCUGUCUCCUCGCUCAGAAGGUGGAGGCCUGGGGGUGAGCAUGGUGGAAUAUGUCCUGAGCUCUUCUCCUGGUGACAAGAUGGAUGGUCGCUACAGGAACGGAGGCUAUGGGGGAGCAGAUACUGACCAAGACGGAAGAGAGAAGAAUGACACCCAAGAGAAGGCAUCCCCAUUUGAGGAGGACAAGAACCCAGAGCUGAAGGUGGGAGAGGAGAGUGAUGCUUCAAAAGCCAAUGGAAGAGGCCUUCUCAAUGGCAUGGACAGAGACUGCAAAGACUUUAACCCAACCCCUGGAAGUCGCCAGGCUUCUCCCACCGAGGCUGUGGAGAGGAUGGGUCCCAGUCAGACCAGUUUGGAGAUGAUGGGUCAGCACCACCCCCAUGCCCUCCAGCAGCAGAACGCUGCCCAGAACAAGGCCCCAACUGAGGACUUCCAGAACCAGGAGGCCCAGAACAUGGGAGGGAUGGAGCAACAAGCUGGCGUUGAGUCCCUCCAGUUUGACUAUGCUGGCAACCAGAUUCAAGUGGACUCCUCGGGGACUCCAGUAGGAUUGUUUGAUUACAACUCCCAGCAGCAGUUAUUCCAGAGAUCCAAUCACCUGACUGUUCAGCAGCUCACUGCGGCUCAGCAACAACAAUAUGCACUGGCUGCAGCCCAGCAGCAGCAUCUUGCUGGCCUUGCUCCUGCAUUUGUGCCAAACCCGUACAUCAUUAACGCUGCCCCCCCUGGAGCUGAUCCCUACACUGCUGCUGGGCUGGCAGCAGCAGCCACGCUUGCAGGCCCUACAGUGGUUCCGCCGCAGUACUACGGUGUUCCCUGGGGUGUGUAUCCAGCCAACCUCUUCCAGCAACAGGCCGCAGCUACUGCCAAUCACUCAGCUAAUCAGCAGGCAUCCAACCAGGGUCCAGGUCCUGGCCAGCCACAGGUGAUGCGCACAGGAACCAAUCAGCGCCCUCUUACACCUGGACAGGGCCAGCAGAGCCAACAGGAGUCUUUAGCCGCAGCAGCUGCUGCAAACCCCGCCUUGGCCUACACUGGGAUGCCAGGUUAUCAGGUAUUGGCCCCUGCAGCAUACUAUGACCAGACCGGAGCCCUGGUGAUGGGCCCUGGGGCCCGAACAGGCCUGGGUGGGCCUGUCCGUCUCGUUCAGACCCCACUCCUGAUCAACCCAGCAGCAGCACAAGCUGCAGCAGCGGUGUCGGCAUCCGGCUCUGGUAACAGUAUGUCUGGUCCUCCGGCCAAUGGGCUAUACCGCUCCAUGCCACAGCCUCAGCCCCAGCCUCAGCAGCAGCAGCCUCCCCCACCCAGCAGUGGCCUCCCUUCCAGCUCCUUCUACGGCUCUGGAUCAGUUCCUGCCACCUCUCAGAGCAGCUCCCUGUUCUCUCACACCUCUGCCGCUCCCCCACCACCCAGCUCCUCUCUGGGCUUCAGCAGCACUGGAGGCUCCCUUGGUGUGGGCUUGGGCUCUGCUCUUGGAGGGUUUGGCUCCUCUGUGUCCAGCUCCACUAGUAGCAGUGUUUCUCGCAGGGACUCGCUGUUGGCAAGUUCAGACUUGUACAAACGUGGCGGCAGCAGUUUAACUCCCAUCGGCCAACCCUUCUAUAACAGCCUGGGUUACUCCUCCUCACCCAGCCCCAUUGGUCUAACACCGGGACACUCCCCACUCACACCCCCACCUUCUCUGCCCUCCUCUCAUGGAUCUUCUUCCAGCCUUCACCUAGGUGGCCUGACAAACGGCAGUGGGCGCUACAUCUCUGCAGCCCCUGGAGCAGAGGCCAAGUACCGCAGCACCGGCGGGACAUCCAGUUUGUUCAACUCCAGCAGCCAGCUGUUUCCUCCCUCUCGGCCGCGCUACAGCCGCUCUGACGUCAUGCCAUCCGGGCGCAGCCGUCUCUUGGAAGACUUCAGGAACAACCGCUUCCCCAACCUCCAGCUCCGCGACCUGCCAGGACACAUGGUGGAGUUCUCUCAGGACCAGCAUGGAUCCAGGUUUAUACAGCAGAAGCUGGAGAGGGCCACUCCUGCUGAGAGGCAGAUGGUGUUUGGAGAGAUUCUGCAAGCAGCAUAUCAGUUGAUGACUGAUGUCUUUGGGAAUUACGUCAUCCAGAAGUUCUUUGAGUUUGGAAGUGCAGAUCAGAAAUUGGCUUUGGCAACACGUAUCCGUGGGCAUGUCCUCCCUCUGGCUCUCCAGAUGUACGGUUGCCGUGUCAUCCAGAAAGCCUUGGAGUCCAUAUCCUCUGACCAGCAGGUAAUUAGUGACAUUGUUCGUGAGUUGGAUGGCCAUGUGUUGAAGUGUGUGAAGGACCAGAAUGGAAACCAUGUGGUGCAGAAGUGUAUUGAGUGUGUUCAGCCUCAGGCCCUACAGUUUAUUAUCGAUGCCUUCCAGGGUCAGGUGUUUGUGCUUUCUACCCACCCCUACGGAUGUAGAGUGAUCCAAAGGAUUUUGGAGCACUGCACCCAGGAGCAGACUCUGCCCAUCCUGGAGGAGCUGCAUCAGCAUUCUGAACAGCUUGGCCAGAAAUAUCAAGGCGUAUCAUUGGAGAUGACACCCAAAACAUAUUAUACAGUGUCCAGCGAUGCACUGUUCAAGGAUCAGUAUGGCAAUUACGUCAUUCAGCAUGUGCUGGAGCACGGCAGGCCAGAGGAUAAGAGCAAGAUUGUGGCAGAGGUUCGUGGAAAGGUUCUUGUCCUGAGCCAGCACAAAUUUGCAAGUAAUGUGGUUGAGAAGUGUGUGAUCCACUCUUCGCGUGCGGAGAGAGCCCUGCUGAUAGAUGAAGUAUGCUGCCAGAAAGAUGGCCCCCACAGUGCCCUGUACACCAUGAUGAAGGACCAGUAUGCCAACUAUGUUGUCCAGAGGAUGAUUGACAUGGCAGAACCUGCGCAGCGCAAGAUCAUCAUGCACAAGAUCCGGCCUCACAUUGCCACCUUACGCAAGUACACCUACGGGAAACAUAUUCUGGCCAAGCUAGAAAAGUACUACAUGAAGAGUGGAUCUGACUUGGGUCCCAUCGGUGGCCCCACAAACGGCCUCAUGUAGUCAUGCUGAUGUCCUGGGUCCCCUGAACAAGUCGGAGUAGGAGCCCCCAACCGCCUGUUCUGUAAGAGACGCUCCUUAGCCAUAGGGGUUAACCUUUGACACCCUCUGUCGUCCCAUUUUGGGGAAUUACCAAAAAAAAAAAAAAAAAAAAAAAAAAAUUCAACUUCACCUAAGAAUGCUGUGACGUCUGACUCCCUGCCACUCUGCCACCCCUGGUGCCGCAGACCCGCACUGUGGCCACCAGGGGGCGCAUAGUCGGCAGGCUGUCUCCUGGGUAAAGCACAAGCCCGUUGUUUAUGAUGUAAUUGAUGUAUCUGACUGGUUUUCAUAUUAUCUUGUACAUUUAGUUUUUUACCUUGUAAAUUGUCUGUAGAAAAAAAAUUAUACACAUUUGCUGAAAUUUACGAUUCUUACAAUUACACCAGCAAGUGACUUUAUAGGCUAAACUGAGUGAUCCUUUUAAGAAAUUUUCCAUUUGUUUUUGUAACCGGACUUAUUAUUAUGUCAGCUGUUCUAACAAAAAGCCAGGCAAUUAAAUAUCAAAUUUCUACAUUAUCCCGUGCACGGUGAAGUGUUGCCCAUGCCAAAGCAGCUGAUUGGUUCAUUUUCAAACAGCACUACAUAGUAUGGAUGGAUAUCAACUCCUCCGUCCUCUGAUUUACUAUGCGUCUCGUGCCAAUGCGUUAGUCACCCACAGGUCUUGGAGACCAAUUUGCGCACUGGGCUUUGGAGAGCUGUGCUUUAGUUUGGGGUAGUGUCAUCCAACGGUGGCUGUUUCUUGCCUCUUCUGUUACCUCCUUUUGUUCUCUGAGUGGGGGGGUGUGUCCUUACCCUGUUGACUAGCAGCUAAUAGUCUGCCUGAUUUUUAACUAUUUGAUGAACAGUGUCAGUACUAAGCAGUACAGAUUGACAAACUUCAUGCUGUUGCAUCUACUGAGCCCCAACUCAGCUGUCUUACUCUUCUUACUCUUCAUCCAAUGAUUUGCUCUGGGUUUACGCCAGAUAAAAGCUACCAUUAACUUAGCUUAUAGUAGCAGAGCAUGAGGUUUGGUUGUAUAGUGGGUGUGUAACCUGGUGUAAUCUUAACAUGAAAUGACCGUAGUGGGGGGCUUUUGCGGGAUAGCGGGUGGGAGUGGGGUAUGCGUUGGCAUGCUGUGACAGGUUUUGAUACUUGGAAUGAUUUUACUUUAUCAUGUUUUGUGCAACAUCUUAUCUGUCUUGUAGUUUGAGAUGAACACUGCCCUAGAAUCGGUAUCUUUAUGUACUGAAUAUCAUCUCUUGCAUAGAAGUAGUUUAGCAAUGUAUAGCAUCUUUAUGUAUGAGUAAAUUGUUGCUUUUGGGUAGGGGGCUUGCAGCAACGAUGGUCCCCCCACCGCCUGAAGGUCCGAGUAGUCAAUUGUUGUGAAGUGGUGCUUAUCCCGGCUUUGUACAUCUGAAUAUAAUUAACGGGAUAAGUGGGAGAAAGGGAUGUUGCAAGAACCUCUUGUGGUUCUUUUUUUCUUUUUCUUUUUCUUUUUAUAAUAAUAUUUUUUAAUUUUCUUUAGGUUGGGUAAUCAAGUGCAUUGGUGGAGGCCGGUGGGGCCAUCAAAAGCUAUACAAUUCACCUGUAAUGCUAGUAGUGAUGGCUUUUUCGCUUCAUAUGAAUAAUUGUAGAAUACAUGUAGUAUAUGUGCAGUUAAUAAGUGUAAGUUUAUUAGUUUAAUUGAAAUGUCUAGUUGUGGUGUUUGACAGGCCUUGCUAAAUUUGUAGUGACGCUUUUAUUUCGUCUGUACAGUUGUACAUUUGUAAACGUUGAUGCUGUAAAUGGGAUGUCUUUUACACUUUUUUGGGGGAAAAAGGCAAAAUGUGCAUUUUGAUGUGUGUAUAUUCAUCACUCCUUUCCCCUUGAAUAUAAUGUAUACAGUUUUAUUUGAUCAAGCAUUAUUUUAAAAAAAAAAUCUUUUAUGGCUUUGCAAUCUGGCAUGUUUUUUUUUUUUUUGUUUGUUUUUGUUUUUGUUUUUAAUCUGUUAUGGGAAAGGCCAGCCUCUGUUUGUACUGGAGCUGUAACAUCCUCUGUUGAUAGUCUUUCUGAUGUGUGACAGUUUAAAAAAAAAAAAAAAGAAAAUGAAAAUAAACACCACCAAUGCUCUGUACUUAAAAUGAGGCUGCAUUUAGUCCUCUCUGCUACCAUGGAAACUUCACAGGAUAUGACAAGAAUUAUUUUUGUACAGAAGAGUGCUGUAUUUUGGAACAGCUACUACCUUGUAAGCAAAAGCAAUGUAAGAUAUUGUCAAUUAUAUAAAUAUGAACAUAUGAGUUUUGUCACACUGUCAAAGUCAUGUACAUUUUCAGGUGGCCUUAUGUACAUUUCCAGAUGUUAGAUGAAGAAAAAGAACUCAUUUUUGGAAGCAGAAUUGUGACUAUGUAUGAUUAAACUGUUCUUCUAACA